AUGACAACGCCGCCAGUCUGGCGACGGCUGCCUGUGCCCCCAUCAACCGACUUGCCUAACCUGUUGGUAUCGACAACGUUUUUGAACACAUCGUAUACAAUCUAUGUCACAGAUCUGGCCAACAUAUGGUCUGAAUCUUUGGAUCGGCGUGCAAUUUACAAGCGCAGCCUCAAUGAGUCUACCAGUAUCGACCCGACGGACAGCGACAGCAACAUGCGAGCUUUCCUAUCCAAGAUCCGAUCCGUGUUUGAUCCAUCCCAUCGAGAUCAUGACAAAGCAUCCAUGUCAAUGUCAACACGCCCUAACAAGGAAGCUGGGGAACGCGGACUGACUUUGAGUAUCAUUUGCGAGCUGGAAAACAUGAAACCUUUGGAAUGGCCGGUGUAUCUACAGAAAUGCCCCCAAUCGGAGCUCACGACCGAGCUUGUCGUACCCCUCGCACAAGCAAACUCUGUGGGCCGAAGACGAGUCGAGUUUCUCGCAGAAACCAUCAAGCAGAAGGACGCGAUCAUCAUGAAGCUUCUUGACAAAUUAGAGGCUACCGGGACUCGCCUCGAAAACGUCUUUGCCGCCUUGUCAGCGAAACAGAAGCCUACGAGAGAGAUGGCGGAGGAAAAGGUCAAGGGUCUGGCUCCCUUUUCACUCGAAGAUUGGAAGGGUCAGUCGGAUAAUGCCCCAGAGGAUGUUCUCAGUCUAAUCGAGAGCGUCUUCGGCGGUGAUGGACUCGAGUAUAAUCGCAAGGUCGUCAUGAACGCCACUACUCCUCUUGACGACUGGUGGUCCAAGUCGGAAGCGUUGUGCAUCCCGAUUGUGGGACCCAGGGCAAGCUCCCGUUCAAAACAGCCGGCAACGUCGUUAUCCGAGUCCGAACAAAAAGGGCACAGACAUAGCGAGCCGGCAAAUAAUGAGGCAGUGGGAGAGGAUCAAGACGAUGACUUCCAAGUGCAGUCGACGCCUCCCCAUCUCAUAUCCAAUCGAAAGCGUUCUGGACAGCCACCCCCCGCAUACGACGAUGAAAGCACCGAGGAUGAAGAUGUUUCUCACAUUCCUGAUAGCGUGCCUGUACUUCCUGAAGAGCCCAAGGUUCAUACCAACCGCUUAGGGACGAUAGGGAGGAAACGAGAACCCACGCCAACAGCGGAGGCUUUACCACCGAAGAAUCUGGGGCCAGAUGGUUCGGGUUUGGAUACCGAAACGGCGUCUGAAGACGAUAGCGCCGCCUCUUUAGCGAAGGUCUCACCGCCACCAAAACCUGCGACGAGGACCACCAGAGGGAGUGUGGGUCGCAUUAGUGGUGGUAGUAGCAGUUGCUCAAAUACUCCUGAUUCUCCGAAAAAGGGGACUUUAGGUCGCAUUGGCGGAGAACGUCAACGUUCCAAAUCACCCGAGCGCCCUAAGAAGACUGGCUUAGGCCGAAUAGGCGGAGGAACGCGCCCCUCUAAAACACCAGAGCCGAUGGUCGCAGAUGCGGAGACCCGAGGAAGGUCUCGAGCGCAUAAGGAGUUGUCGAUGGAGCCCAGAGAGACUUCGCAGGAGCGGGCAGAUCGGAAACGGGAUGAACUCCAGAAGGAGUUGCAGAAGAAGGCCACGUCGGGACCAGCACGGAAGAAGCGAAAGUUCUAG